AUGAUGCUUGCAUUUACAGCAAUGAGUCCUGGAACUCAAAUGGGAUGUCGACUUUAUCCCGAUCUUGGUAUUUAUUCUCUUCCAAAUUGCGUGGUAGACACAAGCUCAAACUCGACUGGAUCACCACUGUACAAUUGUAAAUUCUCUGCAGCAUAUAGAGUCCAUUCUGACGCAUUUAACAAGCAAUUGAAGAAAGGUCCAUUCCAACUUUUAUGUCCCAUUGGUAAGGAUGGAGGAACUGAAGUCUUGGCAGAAUCCAAUGCAACUUGUAAUGUUGAUGAGAAGCGUUUAUGUCACCUUAUGUUCAAUAAAACGAAUGGAGGAAAGAACUAAAAAAAUUUUAUCUGAAAGAAUGGAGGUGUAU